AUGCAGCAGCGGCGCAAGUCGGUGUUCGCGUCGGCGCCGUUUGCGAUGAAGCAGGCGGCGCUGGGAGCCGGCGUGGCGGCGCGCAAGAACGGCACGCCGCUGUCGCUGGCGGCCGUGGUGUUCGCGCUCUUCGUCUUCGCCACGUUCCUGUACAACGAGGACAUCAAGUCCAUCACCGACUUCCAGUUCAGCUCGGGCGCCAUCCGCGCCAAGUCCCCCGACCUGCACCUCCUGCAGGAGGCCGAGGCCGCCGCGCACGCCGCCGUCAACACCCUGGCCAAGCGCGGGGAGGAGGUCAUCGUGCGCGUCCUCGAGGUGCCCGCCGCCGCCGCCGCCGCGGGGGCGGCGCUAUCGCAGGCGCCCGUCAACACCACCACCAGCGUCGUCGUCGCCGCUGCCGCCGCAGCCGCCGCAAAGGCCGCCAAUGCCAACGCCAACGCCAACGCGGUGGUGGACGUCGGGCAGGAGAAGGAGAGGGACGUGACGCUCCCGACCGUCACGGGCGGAGGCGGCGCCGACGAGGCGCGGCGGCGCGCGGACGAGGAGGUCGCCGAGAAGGCCGCGUCGGCCAAGGCGGCGGCCGCCACCGCAGCGCUGCGGACCGUGGUGAGCGUGCCGGAGACGUGCGACCUGUACCGGGGCAGCUGGGUGUACGACGAGGUGAACGCGCCCGUGUACAAGGAGGGCGAGUGCGAGUUCCUGACGGAGCAGGUCACCUGCAUGCGCAACGGCCGCCGCGACGACUCCUACCAGAAGUGGCGCUGGCAGCCGACGGACUGCGACCUGCCGCGGUUCGACGCGCGGCUGCUGCUGGAGCGGCUUCGCAACAAGCGGCUGAUGUUCGUGGGGGACUCGCUGAACCGGAACCAGUGGGAGUCGAUGGUGUGCCUGGUGCAGUCGGUGAUCCCCAAGGGCGCGAAGACGCUGACCAAGUUCGUCAACGGGGGUUCCAGCAACGUGUUCUACGCGCACGAGUACAACGCGACGGUGGAGUUCUACUGGGCGCCCUUCCUGGUGGAGUCCAACUCCGACAACCCGAAGGUGCACAGCGUCCCCGACCGGCUCAUCCAGUGGCACGCCAUCGCCAAGCACGCGCGCAACUGGCUCGGCGUCGACUACCUCGUCUUCAACACCUACAUCUGGUGGCUCAACACGCUUGACAUGAAAGUCCUCAAGGGCUCCUUCGACCAGGGCUCCACCGAGUACGUGGAGGUGGACCGCCCCGUGGCGUACAAGGAGGUGCUCAAGACGUGGGCGAAAUGGGUGGACCGGAACAUCGACCCCAACAGGACCACCGUCUUCUUCAUGGGCAUGUCGCCCAACCACAUCACGCCUGAGGCUUGGGGCAACCAGGGCGGGAUUAAGUGCGCCAUGGAGACGCUGCCGAUCACGAACCGCAGCGCGUCGCUGGACGUGGGCACGGACUGGCGCCUCUACGCGGGGGCGCAGGAGGUGCUCCCCACGCUGCGCCGGGUGCCCGUCCACUUCGUCGACAUCACCGCGCUGUCGGAGCUGCGCAAGGACGCGCACACCUCGGUGCACACGCUCCGGCAGGGGAAGCUGCUCACCCCGGAGCAGCAGGCGGACCCCAAGACCUACGCCGACUGCAUCCAUUGGUGCCUCCCGGGCCUGCCCGACACCUGGAACCAGUUCCUCUACGCCCGCAUCGCAUCCAGCCCAUGGCCCGCCGCCCAGCAGUAG